CUGUCAAUAGUCCAAACUUUUUUGAAAAUCAGUACCCUGAACUUCUCCUCCAGGAUGACAUUAAUCAAUUCGACCUUCGAAAUUACUUUCAGCCGACUGAUAUAAAUGCUAGUGACAGGAUAGACUUCUACUUGCCAAACAUUUUCGAACAAUGA